GCCAUUCCUUUUUUUAACCUAGUCGUUUCGACAGUGCACAACGGUAGCGACCAUAAAAAGAAAACUUUUAUCUUUUGUGUCUAAACAUUAAGAUAGCGUUUAGUAAAUUUUCUUAUUUGAAAAUGGAAUAGUGUAGUUCUAUGUGUGUAAAAUAGACUUUCCAUCCAAAAAAGCGGAUCUUUCACUUACCAUUGUGUAUGGAAACACCUGUGCCGAAAGCAUUGAUUGAAUCAUUCUACAUGGAUGAUAUACGCCACUAAAUGCGAACUAAAGCAUUAAAGAAAUAUUUCAUCUUCAGACGAGCAUAUAAAAAAGAGUGACCAUUAAUCCCAGGAGACACUGCGGUAGACGUGCUUGACAAUGGUUUGAUCUAUUUUAUUCGAUAUAACGAAGUGGAUGGGACGUAUAUGAUAAAGGCAAAAAAAAAUUGGAAAAUUUGUCUUUCGAACUUGGUGUGAAUGACGUCGCGCUUAUUUCAAAUGGUUUUUCUUCUCUUUCGUUUGCACUUUGUGGGCGAAACAAUGCGGGGUCAGACAGUAAUGGCAACAAACUCUUGAGCUAUAAAUUGUACAAUGCACAUAUAUAUACGGGUGUGGCUGCCGCUUUGUUAGAUAAUGCCAAUAAUUGAAUAAUAUCAAUUUUAAGGAUCAAAUACCGAAUAUUCUACUGAAAGACACUAGGACAUAUUAACGAAUGGAAUGCUAACACGAAUAAACUAACAUAUAUCAAAGAAGAUUAAUGGUGCAAGAUUAACUAUUCCCAGAAAGAGUGAUAAAUAUUGAAACUGGACAACGAAUAAUAUAACAUCUCAAUCAUUAUAAUAUUUUACAUUUUAUUCAUAAUUCCACGAAGACAAAAAUCAAGUACUGAAAUGCAGUGCAGUCUACAAUCACUGAACGAUUGCGAGAGAUCGCCAAAUCGAACGAAUCUACGGGUGAAUUUUACGGAAAAGGGCGAAGCAGUGAAAGAGCGUCGUGAGAAAUUCCUCACCGCUAAAUAUGGAUCACAUCAAAUGAGUUUGAUCCGAAAGCGUUUGGCUGUCGAAAUGUGGCUGUAUGAUGAGUUACAGAAAUUGUUUGAUCCACCAUCUGAAGCUAUCGAUGUAGACAUUGAUGAAAUUCUCGAUAUGGAUUCAGAUGACAGUCGAAUAAAUCACCUAAGACGGCUGCUCUCUGAGUGCAAGAGGCCUCAACAAGACAUAUCGAAAUUUAUUGCGGAUCUUCUUGACAGAGCAAAAACUCUUUAAACGAUGUGUUAAAAUUGCAAAGAAAAUGCGAUGGAGAACGAUGAAGAAAAAAAAUACUGAAUAACAUCAAUUUAUGGAAAACAAUUUUUAUUGCGUUUAAUCAUAAGAGAUAAUUUGAAUUGUUAGUGCUACUGCGAAUUAUUUGUACUUUUUCAUAAAUUCACUAGAUAUUGUUUAUGAUGAAAAAAAAAAACAAACAAAAAUAGAUGUAAUAAAUUUUUUAGCUUAAUGAACGAAUGCAUUGGAAGACAAAACCAUCACAUAAUCACAUCAAUAUUGCACAUUUUUGCAAUAUGUAACAAAUAACUCACAACCACUUUGAAACACAAAAUUGACAAACGCAUACCUUACUGAUAACGAUAUCAUCCAAAUAUUAUAUAUCAUUUAGACAUUUUAAUAAGAUAAAUUAAUAAAUAAUUGUGUAGCUUCCCAAUAAAAAAUUGUUGUGGCAAAUUCAUCCAUUAUCGGGCAUAUGUUGA